CUACCUACUUAGCAAGCAAGGUUGACAGGCGGCCACAAAGAAAGCCCGGAGUAUAUGUGUAGAACCUCGCUGCGGUAGGUUGAAUGAAGUGACUAACAGAUUGAGCGCAUGUCGCUCCUCUCAAAAGCACCCACUCUCCGGCUGCCAAAAGAGCACCACCCAAAUCGGCUUGCAAUUCCCAAAACUCGCAUUUCAUUCGAGGAAGCAAUUUUUGCAGAGUUGCAGUCUUCACUCUUCAACAAUGGUAGAUCGCCCAGUACGCAGCUUCAGUUACGACCCCUCUGUCGCCGAGUUUUCCGUCUCCAAGGGAUCCUAUCUUACGGCUCGCCCGGGAGCGUCCUUCGGCUACAUCGCGGCAAGCUCGCUCGUGCUCGACACCACAGAUCCAUCCAACCCCGGCGUCCUCCUUCUCCAGCGCGCGUCUAGCGACGAGGACCCCGACAAAUGGGAGCCUCCCGGUGGCGCUUGCGACGACGACGACGAGACCAUCCUACACGCCGCCGCUCGCGAGCUGUGGGAGGAGGCCGGCCUUGAAACAGCUCACAUUGGCGGUCCCGUUGAUAAUCCGUAUUUCUUCACUCUCAGUGACGAGAAGAACGUGUGCCAAUUCAAUUUCGCUGUGCAUCCGAGGACGGAUAGCGCGAGUCCGUUGGCAGUGAGGCUAGGAAGGUAGAUGGCGUGAAGUUGGACUUUACGAGGGAUGAGGUUGACCGCGCAGUUCUGUUGGCAUUUGACUACUUUAGAGAGAAGAAACCCGCAAAUGAAGGUCUCGAAAAGGACCCCAAUCUGCGAUGCUAUCCAAUAACAGCC